UCACGCACCAGUGUGACUGGCGAAGUGGCUUUUUGAAACCGUUGGCGGCCGGGGAAGCUGGACGAGUGGAAGACGAUUGUACAUAUUCCUGUAACGAGACCAUAUUGUAGCUAUAUUUAUCCACCAUGAUGCAGAAUAAGGAAAAUCAAGAGCCCAGAGCUUUCCAGAGACCACUGACAACUCUGAGCACGUCUGUAGGCCCACAGCGUGUUCAGGUGAAUCCACGUCCUGCGGCCUCAGACAAAAAUGCGAUCACAGGCCCUGGUAGAGAGUGUGCCAGCUCAUCCUCCAAUUCACUUCCAGUUAAGAAAUUCUCCCUCAAUGACUUUGACAUCGGUCGACCACUGGGGAAGGGCAAGUUUGGCAACGUCUACCUCGCAAGGUUUAAGGAGCUGGGAGCAAUCGUGGCCCUCAAAGUGCUGUUCAAGUCACAGAUGGAGAAAGAAGGUGUGGAGCACCAGCUGAGAAGAGAGAUCGAGAUUCAGUCCCAUCUUAGACAUCCCAACAUCCUGUGCUUCUACAAUUACUUCCAUGACCGAACACGGGUUUUCCUUAUCCUGGAGUAUGCCCCGCGGGGUGAGAUGUACAAGGAGCUGCAGAAGUAUGGCAGAUUUGAUGAGCAACGCACUGCCACAUAUAUGGAGGAGUUGUCUGAUGCUCUCAUGUAUUGCCAUGAGAGAAAAGUGAUUCAUCGUGACAUCAAGCCUGAAAAUCUACUUCUCGGCUAUCGUGGAGAGCUGAAAAUCGCCGACUUUGGUUGGUCGGUCCAUGCACCGUCUCUAAGGCGUCGUACAAUGUGUGGGACUCUGGACUACCUGCCCCCAGAGAUGAUUGAGGGACAUUCCCACGACGAGAAGGUGGAUCUGUGGUGCAUUGGGGUCCUGUGCUAUGAAUGCUUGGUCGGCAAUCCACCUUUUGAAACAGCAAGCCACUCGGAGACAUACAAAAGAAUUACAAAGGUGGAUUUGAAGUUCCCUAGUGUCGUCACGGACGGAGCACGCGACCUGAUCUCCAAGCUGCUUCGCCAUAGCCCCCUCAGCCGUCUCCCGCUGCAGAGUGUCAUCGACCACCCCUGGGUGCGCGCCCACUCACGCCGAGUCCUGCCCCCAGUCUUUACUCCGAAGAAACCCUGAAGCCACAGUCUUUUAGCCAAUCUGCUUUCCUCCUGAGAACAUUUCUUUUACCUCUCAAUCAGGAGAGAGGCCGUUGGCCAGAGUUUCCUCUUUCUCACUGCCGUGGGUGUGCUGCCAUUAUUUUGGCACUUUUAAACAAAUGGCGGGUAUAAGUACAUACCCACUUGUUUUAUACUGUACAGUUUGCUUUCCUUAUCUAUGUUUUGUGUGUCGCCUAGUGGGGUUUGUAUUUUUAGGGACAGUAAUUAUCUGUAAGAUUUUAAAUUUGACUUGACAGCUCUGCUUGGAUUUUGCCUAUCUUGCAGUGCUGACACACACACUGCCUCAACUGAAUGUAUUCUCAAAUAGUUCAGGAUAAGGUGCUUUUGGGGAGGGCAGGGAUGGGCACAUCUUUCAGUUUUCUUUUCACCUUCAUUUUAUACCUUGAAGUCAAUAAAUAUUGAAAAAAAAUGUAAACUAGUUGUGUUUAUCAAUCAUAAUUUAUUCUGCAGGUUUAUGACUCCCCUGUAAAAAGAGACUUUCUUCCAUGAAGCAGAAUUAGAAACUGGAAAAGACCAUGCUAUAUCCUGGGGGGUAAUAGAUCAAGGCAUGCAUUUACAUGUUUAGUUUA